GGAAAUGUUUUCUGCGUUGUGUUUUGUGAACCCCGCUUCCGUUUUGGACACUGUUCUCUAUUGAUUUUGUACAUCAAGAGUUUCAGAACUCGAAAAAAAUCGUAUUGUUUACGUCAAAUUUAAUCACGACAAAUAUCAUCGUUGACGAGAAGGUCCUUCAAAUCGUCGAAUUGAUCUCAAUCACCGUGAAAAAUGAACGCGGACGGUUGCACACGAGUCUAUGUUGGCGGUCUUAACGAGUCAAUCAAGAAGGAAGAUCUACAGAAUGAAUUCGAGAAAUUUGGCAAACUAAAAAAGGUGUGGGUGGCGUUCAAUCCUCCCGGUUUUGCCUUCAUUGAAUUCAUGAAUAUGGACGAGGCCGAGAUGGCCUGCAACAAUAUGAACGGAUCCGAGAUAUGCGGCGCCAAAUUGAGAGUCGAGAUAUCACGUGGUCGUGGUCGCGGUGGCCGGGGCGGUUCAGGCUAUCGUGGUGGCUCACGAUUCAAUUCACGUGGAGGCAGCGGCGGUGGCGGCGGUUAUCGUGGCAGCAGCGGCAGUUACGGCGAUCAAGGCGGCUAUUAUGCAGGCAGGGGCGGCGCCAAUAGGUCACGAAGUCGCUAUGGAGAAGAUUAUUCCAACAGUGGUUAUUCCACUCGCGACCCCUAUUCACAAGACAGCUAUGGCACUGGCGGCGGCGCCGGAAACGACUACUACAAGGACUCCGGUUCCUCGAGGUAUCGCAGCCGAUCCCCUGCUGGACGUAGCAGGUACAACAGUAACCUAAUCACUGUAAAAUUGCUCUAAUUCUCUAAUGAAACUUCACAGUUUCAAAUAUUUCCACCUUUAAUCUAAUUUUGACAAUCCCCAGCAAAAAAAUUAUUUUCAUUUCCCCCCAGGACCACUCUCUCUCUCUCUCUCUCUCACUCUCUCUCAUCGAAAAAGAAAAUUAAAAUCAUUUCUCUCUCUCUCUCUCUCUCUCUCUUUAUAAAUUCAAAAGUAUUAAAAUUAACAAAAACCCCUUGUAAAGCAAUUUUUUCAAAUAAAUUUUCGAAGAACAAAAAAAUAAUUUUCCCCUUAUGCAUGGAAAAAAACGCGGCACACUUCAAAAGAACGGGCGGUUUUUAAACAAAAAAAAAAAACAAAAAAUUCCUGCAAAAGUGACGAAAUAAUGUGAAAAACUAUUUUGCCCUUCCAUGU